AUGUUUAGAAGAACCGCGGUGGCAUUCCAAAAGCAGGUGAAAAGGGUCCCCUAUGCAAAUAUGCUAAGGGAUCCAUCAUCCAAAUACAAACGUUUUCAAGGAAUAUCGCUUCCAGACAGGACAUGGCCAAACAACAAACUUGAUAAGGCGCCUCGUUGGUUAGCCACUGAUCUUCGUGAUGGUAACCAAUCCCUUCCUGACCCAAUGUCAGUUGAGCAGAAAAAGGAAUAUUUCCAUAAGCUGACAGAGAUUGGCCUUAAGGAGAUCGAAGUUGCCUUUCCUUCAGCCUCUCAGACGGACUUUGACUUUACCAGAUAUGCAGUUACCCAUGCUCCAGAUGAUGUUUCUAUUCAGGUCCUAGUACAAUCCAGAGAACACUUGAUUCGCAGAACUAUUGACUCUCUCAAGGAUGCAAAGAAGGCAAUAGUGCACACAUAUAUGGCAACUUCGGAUCUUUUCCGAAAUGUUGUUUUUGGAAUGAGUCGUCAGGAUCAGCUCAAGAUGGCCGUGAAGACAGCAAAGUUUGUGAGGUCCCUUACUAAGGAUGAUCCGUCGAAAAACAUGACUCAUUGGUCAUAUGAAUUUUCACCUGAGUGCUUUUCAUCAACCCCUACUGAAUAUGCCGUCGAGAUAUGUAAGGCGGUCAAGGAUGCAUGGGAGCCUUCAAAAGAGAACCCAAUCAUAUUUAACCUUCCUGCAACCAUUGAAAUGUCGACACCAAAUGUUUACGCUGAUCAAAUCGAGUAUUUCUCUAGACAUAUUGGUGACAGAGACCAUGUUGUCAUAUCUCUCCAUAGUCAUAAUGAUCGUGGAUGUGGUGUUGCAGCUACAGAACUUGCUUUACUGGCUGGUGGUGAUCGUGUGGAAGGAUUUUAUUUGGUAACGGUGAAAGAACAGGAAAUGUUGAUUUGGUGA